GGAGUGUAAAAGCAACUGUUUUGGGUUGACCUUUCGCCAUUGACCAGACACAACAGGAGAACGAAUUAACGCAGGCUUAAGCUGAUGCCAAGCGCGUUGUUCCACGCCCCAACUCUCUGCUCCCUCAUGGGCUCUUCUCUUUCCCUGUCGAAGCCCAGGUCCACUCUUUCUUCUCCUCCCAUGGCUUCCUCCUCCUCCGCUCGCAUCGCCGUCGUCGGCGACGUCCAUAAUGAUUGGUGUCUAGAAGAAGAUACGAAAGCACUUCGAUUGCUACAGCCAGAUUUGGUGCUGUUUACUGGUGACUUUGGUGAAGAGAAUGUUGAACUUGUUCAAAGUCUAGCCAAUCUUGAAUUUCCUAAAGCAGUUAUUCUUGGAAAUCAUGAUGCCUGGUAUACUCAACAGUUUGGAAAGAAAAAGGAUGGUGUUCAACGUCAGCUAGAAAGUCUUGGUGACACGCAUGUAGCUUAUCAGCGUAUGGACUUUCCUCUUGUAAAACUGAGUGUUGUUGGUGGACGACCAUUUUCUUGUGGAGGAGAUAGGCUGUUUCGGAAAAAACUACUGUCUGCAAGAUAUGGUGUUGAGGACAUGGAUAGAAGUGCUAAAAGAAUCUGCAAAGCAGCUUUGAGUGCACCAGAGGAUCAUUUAGUUAUACUUCUUGCACAUAAUGGACCCACAGGUCUUGGUUCUAAUUUUGAUGAUAUCUGUGGAAAGGAUUGGGUAUACGGAGGUGGCGACCAUGGUGAUCAAGAUUUAGAAAAGGCAUUAUCAAUCAUAAAAGAGAGCAGCAAAGUCUGUGUCCCGUUAAUAGUGUUCGGUCACAUGCAUAAAGAGCUAGCACAUGGGAAAGGUCUUCGAAAAAUGAUAGCGAUUGGUUCCGACGACACAAUUUACUUGAAUGGAGCGGUGGUUCCCAGGGUUAAAACACUGAACGAUAAACAAGCAACCGAUGUUAGCUUGACAAAAGAUGAAGCUCAUCCUUCUUUACCAGAAUCUGAAGGAACUAAACGAGCCUUCACUAUAGUUGAUAUUUUAGAUGGAAGAGUUGAUAAGAUUACUGAAAGUUGGGUCUCAGUUGUUGGGGACAAGUCCACAUUGGAAGAGGAGCAUGAGUUAUUUAAAAGAAGUGCCUGAGAUUGGAUCCUAAGUUUCAACCAUGUUGUAUUAUUAUUUGCUGUUACACUAGUGCUAAAUGCACCCUCAUCCACUGUUCAGAUUCACCUCAAUAAUAUAGUUAUGCAAUGUAAAAACCAGAAUAGCUGUGAAGCCCCUCUUUGGUGUAUAUUUAUGUUGCAAAGCAUUUCCAAUAGAUGAAAAGUCAUACCUCAACAAACCCAA